AUGCAGGCAAUCACAGACAUCAGUGUUGAUGAUAUACUGCGGGACGCAGAACAGCGACUUGCUCGCGGCACUCCAUCUGCUUCGACAGUUGUCGACAAAUUGCCGGAGAAAGAUGCACAGGUCCUGCCUUCAAUUGAUGAUUCCAAGGAGAAGCUGUCAGUGCGCCAGGCACAAAAAAACAAAAAAAUUAUAAAAGACACCGCAGGAUCAGACUGGUUCAACCUCCCAAAGACCGAGUUGACUCCUGAGCUCAAGCGAGAUUGGCAGGUUUUGCGCAUGCGAAAUAUUCUAGACCCGAGACAGCAAAGGAAGUCCUUGAGGGCAGAUCCGCCAAAGUAUUCCCAAGUCGGCGAGAUUGUAGCUGGCCCGACCGACUUUUUCAGUGGCAGGUUGACCCGCAAAGAACGAAAGCAAAAUUUGCUACAAGAGGCGCUUGUCCAGAACAAUGACACGAAAAUGCGCGCCAAGUAUGCCGGGAUUCAGAAAACUAAGACAAGUGGCAAGAAGGCUUUCUACAAGAAGGUGAUGUCCCAGCGGAGGAAGAACAACGGCUGA